AUGAAUCCAGUGGCAGACACAGCCAUCUUUUUUGGAAAGUUUCUAUAUUACUUUUUAGAAUCUUUAGUUUUCAAAGUAAUUCCUAAAAGGAAAAAGAAUGUUUCUGGAGAGAUUGUACUUAUAACAGGAGCUGGUAGUGGACUUGGAAGGCUACUGGCCAUGCAUUUUGCCAGUCAUGGGGCCAUUUUAGUUCUCUGGGACAUUAAUCAAGAAGGCAAUAUGGAAACAUGUAGACUGCUCAAACAAAAAGGUGAUGUGAAAGUUUUUGCCUAUACGUGUGAUUGCAGCAACAAAACAGAGGUCUACAGAGUUGCUGACCGGGUUAGAGAAGAAGUCGGUGAUGUCACCAUUCUUAUUAAUAAUGCAGGUAUUGUAACAGGAAAGUCAUUCCUCGAUACUCCAGAUCACUUGGUGGAAAAAUCAUUUCUUGUCAACGCCAUCUCUCACUUCUGGACUUGUAAGGCCUUCCUUCCUGCCAUGAUUAAAGCUAACCAUGGUCACCUAGUCUGUAUUUCAAGCAUAGCAGGACUCGUUGGUGUUAAUGGACUAUCAGAUUAUUCUUCAAGCAAAUUUGCAGCCUUUGGCUUUGCUGAGUCUCUCUUCCUUGAGUUAACUAUGGUAAGGAAAACUAAAAUAAAAAGCACCAUCGUUUGCCCCUAUUUCAUCAAAACUGGAAUGUUUGAAGGCUGUACAACCAAGUAUCCAUCUCUCUUACCUCUACUGGAGCAGGAGUUCGUGGCUCAAAAAAUAUUCAAUGCUAUUUUAGAGGACCAAGUUUACCUCCUUAUACCCAAGUUUGCGUAUUUUGCGUUGUUUCUCAAACAAAUAAUAUCUCCAAAAAUGAUGAUUGCCCUGGGUGAGUACCUUGGCGUGGACACGUGUAUGACUUCAUUCACAGGAAGAGCCAAAGCAGAAGAGCUGCAAAUUGAAACAGAAAGGAAAGAGCAAUAG